AUGGCCGCAGCCUCGCCCAAUAAAUCGAAGCGGAUCGUUUCCGUCGUAGCGGCCACCCUGGUUGCUCUCGCGUGUGGUACCAACUAUGCAUACUCGGCAUGGGCGCCCCAAUUCGCGCAACAAAUGAAGAUCUCCUCCACCGAAAGCAACUUCAUUGGUGCGGCUGGGAAUUUGGGCAUGUAUGCAUCGGGAAUCCCGUUGGGUCUGUUGACAGAUGCUCGAGGUCCGCGUCUGACGACUUUCUUGGGUGCGAUCACGCUGGGAAUUGGCUACUAUCCCAUCUAUCUGGCAUACGUCAAGGGACCCGGGUCGAUGGCCAUUAUCUUCCUGUCGUUUUUCGCUUUCUUGACUGGCUUCGGAAGUUGCUCAGCCUUCUCAGCAUCUAUUAAGACAUCGGCUUCCAACUUCCCCGAUCACCGUGGAACAGCGACCGCUUUCCCCUUGGCCGCUUUUGGGUUGAGCGCGUUCUUCUGGUCCACCGUUUCCUCGGUUCUCUUCAAGGACGAUACUGGCCGCUUCCUCCUUUUGCUGGCUCUGGGCACCUGUGCCCUAAACCUCGUUUCGAUCCCGUUUCUUCGUAUUUUGCCUCCUAGUGAGCCGUAUAUGCCACUCGGACGGGGCAGGUCCCCUGGCGUAGAAUCUCAGCGACUGCGCACUACUAGAUCUACAGAGUUCCGGCACAGCCUGGAAGAAUCUGAUGAAGCAGGUACGCAGACCUUCAUAACCUAUGAAUCCUGUCCCGCAGCGCGUGACACAUCGCACUCGGUCGUGUCGAGUCCCCAUCACCCCGGCCACAACCCCGAUAUUGACGAAACAUCCUCCUUGGUGUCCAAAGUUCCCUCACGCUCAUCCCGAGAAUUCCUCAACCAACACGAGGAGGAUGACGAUGCUCUCUCCGAUGUUGCUCCCGACUCCCCGCACCCGGACGUUCGCGGCUUGGCGAUGCUUCCGAAGAUUGAGUUCUGGCAACUCUUUUUGACGAUGGCGCUUCUUUCUGGAAUUGGUUUGAUGACUAUCAACAACAUUGGAAACAGCGCCAAGGCACUUUGGCAGUACUACGACGACAGCGCAAGCCCGAAGUUUAUUCAACAGCGCCAGGUUAUGCAUGUCUCGAUUCUGUCUUUCGGAAACUUUAUUGGUCGACUUUCUAGCGGUAUUGGCUCCGACCUUCUGGUGAAGAAGCUGAACAUGUCGCGAUUCUGGUGCUUGUUCAUCUCCGCCUUCGUCUUCACCGUCACCCAGCUUGCUGGCUCCGCCAUCUCCAACCCUCACCAAUUAGCCAUUGUAUCUGGAUUCACCGGUAUCGCAUAUGGCUUCCUUUUCGGCGUCUUCCCGUCGCUGGUCGCCCACACCUUUGGCAUCGGUGGUCUCUCCCAGAACUGGGGUGUCAUGACGCUUGCGCCUGUGUUCAGUGGCAACGUCUUCAAUCUGCUCUACGGCAGCAUCUACGACCGCCACUCGAUUGUCGAGCCCAACGGAGACCGCGACUGCCCGGAUGGUCUGGCUUGCUACCAGUCUGCGUACUACACGACGUUCUUGUCUGGUGUGGCCGGUGUGGUCGUCUGUCUGUGGAGUAUCCUGCACGAGAGACGCAUCCACGGCGCGAUGCACAAGAAGGUCGAGCAUGACCGACUUGCCUAG